UUGAUCAAGUACGAUCGUUUUCCGCAAUAUAAAUUGCAUUUCGCGUGCAACAAAAAUAAAUAACAGUGAAUAAAGUUAAUGGAGACAGGAUAUGCCCAUUGAGUUUUCACUGAAUCAAAGUCUUAUUUACAUAGCACUGUUUCGCGCUAACAGUGAUUUUUUUUUAAAGUUUUAUUUCAUUUCUUGCUAUAAUAGGAAAAAUUUCAAGUGUCAAAAUGAAACGUAACUGUGCAUUUGUUAUUAUAAUAAUUUUAUGUGGUGAACUGUGUUUGUCUCAUGGUCAACUUUUAUCGUCGAUAAUGGAUUUUGUUUAUCGUGGCCAACGUAAUGCAGCAAUUGAAGAUCUUGAUGAGACAAAAGACAGUCAACGAUCACAGUUCGAUUUCAUUAUUGUUGGAGCUGGAACGGCAGGCUGUGCGUUGGCCAGUAGACUUUCGGAAAAUCCAAAUUGGAAAAUUCUUUUGCUUGAGGCUGGCGGCCAAGAGAGUUUACUUAUGGAUAUUCCGCUCAUAGUGAAUUUUUUACAAUUGAAUAAUCAAGUUAAUUGGGCAUAUAAAACACAAAGCAGUAAUUCGUCGUGCUUAGCAAUGAAAAAUAAUCGUUGUCAUUGGCCCAGAGGACGUGUUAUGGGUGGAUCAAGUGUUUUGAACUAUAUGAUUUACACACGUGGUAAUCGUCGUGAUUAUGAUAACUGGGCCGCACUCGGUAAUACUGGCUGGAGCUAUGCGGAAGUUUUACCAUAUUUUAUGAAAAUGGAAAAAAAUCUUGUAAAAAGUAGUUCGUCUUAUAUGCGAGGUAAAAAAGGACCAAUCACAGUAUCAGAAGUACCAUGGAAAUCGAAAUCAGGAAAGCAUUUUGUGAACGCUGCCAAAGAUCUAGGAAUUCCAUACGUUGAUUACAAUGGAAAAACACAAAUAGGAGUGUCAUACUUACAAACAAACACCAAAAAUGGAGCUCGUGUAAGUUCAAACGUUGGAUACUUGUAUCCAUUUAAAAAGCGAAAAAAUCUGUUUAUCCGUAAAAUGAGUCAGGUAACAAAAGUUCUAAUCAAUCCCAUCACAAAAGUUGCAUAUGGUGUUGAGUACAAAAAAAAUGGACGAUUACAUGAAGUUUAUGCAAGUAAAGAAGUGAUUCUCAGUGCUGGUGCUAUAAAUAGUCCACAAUUGCUAAUGCUCAGUGGCAUUGGUCCAGCUGAUCACUUACAAAAUAUGAAUAUUCCAACGCUUGUUGGUUUACCAGUUGGUUAUAAUUUAAUGGAUCACACGGCAGCAGGAGCUCUUACGAUCAAAGUGAAUGUUACUACGCUUGGGCCAAAUGUGCUGGGCGUACAAGAUUUUUUCGAUUUUCAAAAUGGCAAAGGAAAACUUACAUCACCUGGUGGCUGUGAAUCUUUGGUAUUUUUAGAUUUGGAACAUCAAAAUGAUUUUGAUGCAUGGCCCGAUAUUGAACUGCUUCAAAUCGCUGGAUCAAUUUAUUCAUUCGAUUUUCUUCGUGACAAUUUCAAUUUACGUGAUGAUUUGAUUAAUAAAAUGUUUGGAAAUUUGAUUGCACAUCAAACGGACGCGUUUAUGGUUUUUCCGAUGGUAUUAAGACCAAAAAGCCGUGGUCGUAUUAUGCUAAAAAAUAACAAUCCACUAAUUUAUCCACGAAUCUACGCAAACUAUUUCAGUGAUCCAGAAGGUUACGAUUUACGUGUAUCUGUGAAUGGCAUUAAAAAGCUUAUAGAAAUGCUACAAACACCAUCAAUGCGACAGAUAAAUGCUCGUCUACAUAAAGCACCUUUGCCGGCUUGUGAGCAUCAUGGUUUUGGUACCGAUGAAUAUUGGGCUUGUUAUACGAGACAUUUCACAUUAACCAUUUAUCACUAUUCGGGAACAUGCAAAAUGGGACCGUCAAAUGAUCCGACCGCUGUUGUUGAUCCACGUUUGCGUGUCUAUGGAAUUGGAAAUCUGAGAGUUGUUGACGCAAGUAUAAUGCCAGAAAUUGUAGCAGGCCACCCAAAUGCACCGGUUUUUAUGAUAGCCGAAAAAGCAGCUGAUAUGAUCAAAGAAGAUUGGAAUAGUUACGUGUAAGCGCCUUUCCUAUUAUGUUAAGAUAGUGGGAUAACAAACGACUCAAAACCCAUCACCCAUCGAUUUAAGCAACAUUUUUGAACUGGUCGUAAUAAGAGUCAAAUGCAUACAAACCGAAUUUCGUGGUAGUGUUUUUGUUUCAGCUGUUGAAUUAUGAUUCGAAAUAAUGCGGAAGAAAGUGAAGGAGUUUUUUUUUUCAUAUUUUUGUGUGGGAAUGAAAGUUAUUUUGACAAAUUGACUGUGCGCCAUUUAUCGAUUAAUGUAGACCUUAAUGCAAACAAAACGCUUUGGCAUUCAUGCCACUAUUUAAAGUUGCUAAUCAUAUAGUUCUAUGAAGUAGUUAUGAUUAUAAUGCGUAUAGUUUGCCUCAGAGCUUAAAAUUUCGGAAUCGUCUAGAAACUUUGGUAUCUUCUGAAAUUUUAA